ACCUCCAUAUUUAGAGCCGACCCAUCUCUUACGACGACUGGUCGUUUGGUGUUGAGGGAUAGACGUUGUAUGGACGGCAGAGGGAGAGGAAGAGAGAGAAGAUAGCGACUGGAAACAUGUGGCGGAGGAGGGAGCAGUUCCUCUGCGGAGUUGUGGAAGGGUUCUAUGGGAGGCCAUGGCUGUCCAGUCAGAGAGUUGACUUGUUCAACAGAAUGAGUGAAUGGGGUAUGAACACCUACCUGUACGCCCCAAAGGACGACGACAAGCACAGGGCCAGCUGGAGAGACCUGUACUCCCUGGAGGAGGCGGAACAGCUCUCCCACCUCCUGCUCCAGGCCUCAUCUCGCGGCAUCAUCUUCAUCUAUGCCAUUGCUCCCGGACUGGACAUGACCUUCUCCUCCAGUCAGGAAAUAUCCCUCCUCAAGAGGAAGCUGGAUCAGGUGUCAGCUCUGGGCUGUAACUCAUUUGCCAUCCUAUUUGAUGACAUUGACACUGAUCUGUGUCCAGCCGAUGAUAAAAUGUUCUCCUCCUUCGCCCACGCUCAAGUGGCCACCGCCAACGAACUCUACUGCCAUCUCGACAGACCCAACGUCUUCCUCUUCUGUCCAACUGAGUACUGUGAGUCGCGAGCAGUUCCGUCGGUCGCAAAGUCUCAGUACCUCCAACACAUUGGAGCAGAGUUGGACCCUGGCAUUGACAUCAUGUGGACUGGUCCAAAGGUCAUCUCCAAGACGAUCAGCCUGUCAUCAAUUCAGGAGCUGAGCGGCAUCCUCCGGCGACCUCCUGUACUCUGGGACAAUCUCCAUGCCAACGACUACGACCAGCGACGACUGUUCCUGGGGCCUUACAGCGGUCGCUCGGUGUCCCUCCGAUCCCACCUCAAUGGGGUCCUCACAAACCCCAACUGCGAGUUCUCCGCCAAUUACAUCGCCAUCCACACCCUGGCCCAGUGGAGUCGAUCCUCACUGCAACUCUGCAAGAAACCCUCCCCCACGCCAACAGGCAUUUCAGUUGGAGGUCGAAGGUCAGGCAAACGAGUUUGACCCGUCUGACGAGGUGGGUGGGGCCAAGCAGAAAGUGGGCGGGGACAAUACGGGGAUGGAGGUUCAUCUGUACGAGCCAGUGAAGGCGCUGGAGUUGGCGAUGAAAGAGUGGCUUGGGGAAUUCGUGAAGACAGUCGCUCAACCGGAUCACUACCUUCCUGUCAAGAAUGCCUCCUCCAUUGCCAAGGCAAACGAGUGUGAAGAACUGGGACCCAUAGACCAAGACGACAUCGGGCAACGGGAUGACCCGGAUUCGAAACAGGUCGACCCAGAAAUGGACCCGAAACUGUUAGAAUCUGGAUCGGCAAUGUUGGUUUCGGAGGACCCGUUUUGUUACGAGGACCUGCGGCUGUUGGUUGAUUUCUUCUACCUCCCUCACCAGCACGGGGAGAUGGCCAUGAGGGUCUUGGAGGAGUUCUGCUGGCUCAAGGAGAACAGCCCUGGUUACGAUGCUCUGCGAGGAAUGGGCAAGCUGAAGGGAAGAGAUGGAGGGGGAGGGGAGGAGGUGGGAGGGAGGGGAGGGGGUGUGUCCUGUGAUCGAGUUUCAGAAGACGGGAUGAGAAGUGAUGGAGAGACUUCAGACAGAAAUGAGGAGGACCCCAUUUCACCCCAGGAGGUGACGGAGUGGUGUGAGCGAUGUCAGUCAUUCCAUCUCCUCUGUCAGAUGGUCAAGGACAUGUACAGCAGGCUGACAACCAUUCCUAACAGACCUCUCCUCUAUGACGUUUAUCAGUACAUGUGGGACGCCAAGGAAACCACCACUCUCCUAGACUCCUACAUCUCCUGGCUGGAAAUGGGGGGUAGUGAGGUCAAUCCUAAUCAUGAACCCCAUCUUCCUAGAGGUGGGAUAACAGCAGAAAUGCAGCACGCCCUCUCCUUCACCUGCAACUGUGUCCCCAUCUAUGACAUGGACACCCCUUUUUAGAGCCCACCCUCUCGCUCGCUCGCUAACUUUCAAACUGUCGAUCUCCUGGGUUGUAUAAGGGUUGUUUUUCGAAAUUUAUUUCUCCGUUACUGGGUUAGGAACGUUCUAAUUAAUGGCAUUUCGGUUUGGUACCUCUCCCCUCCCCCCUCGUUUUGUGGUUGGUUGUUGGUGGCCCCACCCCCCUUCACGAUACGGUAUGGUGUAAUGGUAUGCUUGGUCCAUGAUGUGGCCGUUUGAACGUGGUUGCUAUGGCAACACAGUUGGUGCUCGACAGCGACAGUGACGAUGACAUCAUUUCCACUGGUCACCAUGGAAACCCUGUCGUCAUGAGAACCGCAGCAGUAACUACAACAACAUCAUCUUCUUCGUAUUGUAUCACGUCUUCUCGUUGUUAAGAUUUUAUUAUUUUACACAAAGUUCGUUAAGUUGUAAGUCAUGUAAAACUUUAAUUCAAUUGCAUCAUGAAAUUAAAUGCUUGUGUUUUUUUUCCACCACCACGUAAUUUAUACAUAUGAUGUAUAUCAAGAUCUUUUAAUUUUUGCAAGUAAUCACUUUAUUAUUUUCAUUUGACCAUUAGUUUUCUGGAAAAAAGGGCGUUUCACUGUUUCUGUGGCAACCAUUACGUUAGUGUAAACAAAAUGUUUGGUGUGCACAAUGUAGUGGUUGCCAUGGUAAACAUAAUGCAAAAAACAUUGCUUAUUAUUGUGACUUUAAAAUGUGUGCGAUGCAAGAGCUUCUGGAGACAAUGCCAUGUAAUGGAGAGGUGAUAAGCUAACCAUUUGUAGGCAUUUCCAUAUUUUCAGACCAGAAUAACAUAAUCACUAUUUACAUGGCAUUGUUUUUUAGAAACGACCAAAGAAUAGAGAUACUCGUUAACAUGUUCACACAAUUGUGUGGACGUGUAUACAAAGAGUGUAAAGAUGAAGGUAUUUGUGUGGGUAGUUGUCAAACCGGUUUGUCUAGCUGGUCAAACCAGUUGACAAGCUAGGUCUGAAGAGGCUCAGGAAUGUGAUCAUUGGUGACGGUGUGCUGCUAUUGGAGAGCCGUUCGGGUUGUCGGUGUGUGUGUGUGUGUGCAUCCCAACCUCUCGUUGCCAUGGGGUCAGAGAGAUUUUCUGAAAAUGGAUCUCCUGCCUCGUCUGAAGUUGUCUCAUUCCCUCUACCAGCGAAGCCACACCCCCAGAUCCCCGGCUCCAGAGACAUACACCAUACGACCAUAUCGCACUGAGGACAAGGAGAUGUUGUACCAGGUUUGCCUGGAGACUGGAGCCAGUGGCUCAGAUGCCACUCACUUGUUUUCCAACUUCCCAGACCUUCUGGGGGACAGAUAUGUAGGUCCCUACGUCCACCUGUGUCCCGACCUGUGUUUUGUUCUGGAGGAUGUCUCUGGUGUCUGUGGUUAUGUCCUCGCUGCUCUCGACUCACAGAAUUUCUACGACAGCUACCGCAGCAAGUGGCUGCCUCGUUUGGAAGGAAAAUACCCUCCCCCGCCCCCCAUUGGUUCCCAUGGAGACAGCUCAGAGAGGGAGAUGAUUCGUGAGGUGCAAGCUCCCGACUUCUACCUCCCUCCUCCGCUCUAUUUAGAGCACCCCUCCCAUCUUCAUAUUGAUCUGUUGCCCAGAGCCCAGGGAAAAGGGAUGGGUACAGCCAUGAUCAAGACCAUUCUAGCUCUCCUGAAGGCCAAAGGGUCGUCAGGGGUCCACCUGGAAAUGAAUGUUAGUAACAAGAAAGCUCUGAGAUUCUACCUCAAGAGAGGCUAUAGUCUGCUGGAUUUUGACCACGAGACCCCUCGUGAUGUCAUCAUCCUAGGACGGGAACUAUAGACCACACCUACCAAUUAUGUCAUUUCCUUUAUUAUGUCACAGGUUUAACUCUUCAAUGACCACUCCUAAAGUGCAAACCCUCGGCACACUAUAUAGAAAUGUGGAACCCAUACACAAGUGUGGCACCACCACAAUUGAUGGUCUUGACCAUGCAUCAAAAAGAACAGCAUGUUAUGCACCAUUUCCAUGAAAAAUGCCCAGCCCUGUAUCUGUUUGCAAAAAAAUAUAAGGUUGAAAAAUUGCCAACCUUUCAUCUCUCUCUUAAUUUU